AUGCCGAAGUAUUAUUGCGACUACUGCGACACUUUCCUAACUCACGAUUCGCCGUCGGUGCGCAAGACCCACAACCAGGGCCGCAAGCACAAGGAAAACGUCCGCGAAUUCUAUCAGAAAUGGAUGGAGCAAGAGGCGCAGAAACUCGUCGACGCCACCGCGAAGGCAUUCGCAGCUCAACGCCCCGCAGCCAUGGGCCAACCGGUGAUGAGGCCGAAUCCCUACAUGCCAUCUCCAAUGGGCGGCUACCGGCCUGGUGUUGGGCUUAACCCGUACCUCUUGCGCCAGGGACUCCAGCAGCCGAUGUACGCUCCGCCGCCGACUCUCGGAACUGGAGGACCCAGGAUGCCGCCGAUGGGACCGCCGAUG